GGCCCCCUCCCCCACUGCCCCCUCCCCCAAUUCUCCAUCCCCUUCCCUCCCGGUCUCGGAGGACCCCGUCCUAGCCUGACCCGUCUGGGCCCGCAACCUCCGCGAAGCCGUCGGUGCCACUCCCCGCCCAUGUGGGCCCCCGCGGGCUGCCCACGCCUGUCCCCCAGCUCCCGGUUCCGCUGGGCUUUCCCCUCGCUGGGGGUGGCUUUCUGAGCCGCCCGCUCCGCGCCCCUCUCUGCAGCCUUUCCUGCCACUCGGGGCCCCCGUUCCCCCUCCCGGCGGCGGGGGGCUGCCCCCGGGGGGCUGGCGGAGCUGGGCCGCGGGGGCCCCGGGGCCGGCGGUGCCGGGGUCAUCGGAAUGAUGCGGACGCAGUGUCUGCUGGGGCUGCGCACGUUCGUGGCCUUCGCCGCCAAGCUCUGGAGCUUCUUCAUUUACCUUUUGCGGAGGCAGAUCCGCACGGUCAUUCAGUAUCAGACUGUUCGAUAUGAUAUCCUCCCCUUAUCUCCUGUGUCCCGGAAUCGGCUAGGUCAGGUCAAGAGGAAGAUCCUGGUGUUGGAUCUGGAUGAGACGCUUAUCCACUCCCAUCACGAUGGCGUGCUGAGACCCACUGUCCGGCCUGGAACGCCUCCUGACUUCAUCCUCAAGGUGGUCAUAGACAAACAUCCCGUCCGGUUUUUUGUACAUAAGAGGCCCCAUGUGGACUUUUUCUUAGAAGUGGUGAGUCAGUGGUACGAGCUGGUGGUGUUCACGGCCAGCAUGGAGAUCUAUGGCUCUGCGGUGGCUGACAAACUAGACAACAGCAGGAGCAUUCUCAAGCGCAGAUACUACAGACAGCACUGUACUUUGGAACUGGGCAGCUACAUCAAGGACCUCUCUGUGGUCCACAGCGACCUCUCCAGCAUCGUGAUCCUGGAUAACUCCCCAGGGGCUUACAGGAGCCACCCAGACAAUGCCAUCCCCAUCAAAUCGUGGUUCAGUGACCCCAGCGACACCGCCCUUCUCAACUUGCUUCCCAUGCUGGAUGCGCUCAGGUUCACCGCGGAUGUUCGUUCUGUGCUGAGCCGAAACCUUCACCAACACAGGCUCUGGUGACAGCUGCUCCCCCUCCACCUGAGUCGGGGUGGGGGGGAAGGGAGGGUGAGCCCUCGGGAUGCCGUCUGCCGGCCCUGUCCAGUGGUGAGGACUGUGUGGGCAGGGUCUGCCAUUCCCGCCCCUCUCUGCCCUGGGAGCCCUGCACUCCGCAUGGAGUCUGGAUGGACAAGUGGGCCAGACUCUGAAGCAGCCUCACUCUAACUUCGCGUUCGCACUCCCUGGAAACCCCAGACUGGGACAUAAGCGGAGGCCUAGGAGAGCCGAUGUCUGGUGGAGAGACAGGACUGGCCAGAAUGACAGACAUUUGGUAACCUCGAGGCUCAAAGAAAAGCCAAGCCAGCUUUGUUGUGAUUUGAUUUUUUAAAAACUCUUGUACAAAA